GAAAGACCCUCUCUCUCUCUCUCUCUCUCUCUCUCUUUAAACAGCAGCUUUAAAGGAGUGGAAGAAACACAUCACGUCUUUGAUUUAUGUCACAUGGCAGUCAGUGACACUCGUCACCGUUCCACCUGAACCCUACUUUGAAGGCGGAUUUUCUUUUUACCUCCUGCUGCUGCGGAAGUUUUUUCUAACAAGACAUCACAUCUCUUGUAAGGAUCUCAAUAAGCGGGCUGAAUUCCAACUCAUUCAAGCUCUCUUUGUAGGAGAGGAAGAAGAAGACUGUCUGUGCUGCUCCUGCUCUUGAGUUUUGACCCUUGAAGAGGAUCACCUUCAUCUUCACCUGAAGCACUUCCCGGGAUGAAGCAUGUAUCGCCGUUGCUGCUGAGGGGCGUUUCCAUGCUCCUGCUGCUCCUCACCACCAACUCCAUGGUGAUGCUUCCAAACUCCACGAGCUUGGAGCAGAUUCUGGAAAAGUAUCACGACGAGAAGGGGGACUGGUGGGAGGCCAAGCAGAGAGGGAAGAGGGCCAUAACGGACAGUGAUGCUCAGCUCAUCCUGGAUCUCCACAACAGGCUCCGAGGCCAGGUUUACCUUCCUGCUUCCAACAUGGAGUACAUGGUGUGGGACACAGAGUUAGAGCGUACAGCAGAGGAGUGGGCGGAAACGUGCCUGUGGGAGCAUGGGCCUGCUGGUUUACUGCCACAGAUUGGACAGAACCUGGGAGCCCACUGGGGAAGGUAUCAGCCUCCUACGUUCCAUGUGCAGGCGUGGUACGAUGAAGUGAAAGACUACACCUUCCCUUAUCCUCAGGAGUGUAACCCGCACUGCCCCUUCAGAUGCUCUGGCCCAGUUUGUACUCAUUAUACACAGCUGGUUUGGGCCACCAGCAGCCGGAUUGGCUGUGCUAUCAACAUGUGUUACAACAUGAAUGUGUGGGGGCAGAUUUGGGCCAAAGCGGUCUAUCUUGUCUGCAACUAUUCACCAAAGGGAAACUGGUGGGGCUAUUCACCUUACAAACAUGGGACCCCGUGCUCUGCCUGUCCUCCCAGCUAUGGAGGAGGCUGCAAGGACAACCUCUGCUACAAAGAUGACAGCUCCUACCCUUCACAAGAAGAAACGGAAGAAAACAACUUCAUUGAGCCGGAGGCCCCCCGUGCACCGCAGAAGCCCCGUUUGAGGGCCUCCAAGCCCGAGCCUCCCAGCAUCCCAACCACUUCCAAGCCCCCCACAGAGGACCGGCAGAAGAAUGAAGUGGUGAACACACAGCAGAUGUCUCAGCUUGUGACCUGUGACACCAAGCUUCGCGAUCAGUGUAAAGGAACGCCAUGUAAUAGGUAUGAGUGUCCAGCUGGGUGCCUUGAUGCUACAGGGAAAGUAGUUGGGACAGUAUACUAUGAAAUGCAAUCCAGUGUUUGCAGAGCUGGACUACAUGCUGGUGUUAUAGAUAACGAUGGAGGAUGGAUGGAUGUAAUGAGAGAGGGCCGGAAGGAGUUUUUUAUCAAAUCCAUUAAGAAUGGAGUCCAGUCUCUUGGGAAAUACCAGAGUGCUAAUUCCUUCACAGUUUCCAGAGUGGCAGUCAAAGCCAUCACAUGUGAAACCACAGUUGCACAGCUGUGUCCAUAUGAGAAGCCUGCAAAACAUUGUCCAAGGCUGUACUGCCCGAGAAACUGUUUAGAAGACAAUCCUCACAUAUCCAGAGUCAUCGGUACCAGGAUAUACUCUGAUAAGUCGAGUAUAUGCCGUGCAGCGGUGCAUGCUGGGGUCAUCAGGAACGGUGUGGGUGGAUACAUCGAUGUGAUGCCAGUGGACAAGCGGAAACACUACAUUGCCUCAUACCAAAAUGGAAUUUCCUCAGAAAGCCUUCAAAACCCUCCUGGAGGCAAAGCAUUCCGGGUGUUUGCUGUGAUUUGAGUGGCCCCGAGGGCAGCUUCACCAAACAGAAAGAGCAUUUGGGCUGUUGAAUAGGCGGUAAUCAAGCCCUGUUGUCAAACUCAAUGACUGAAAUGUUGCUGGCUUUACUACACUCUGAGGUUAGAGGUCAUCUCCAUGAGUGUGGAAACCCAGCAACUGAAAAAUACACAAAGAAGAAAUGUCCGGACUCACUUACACAAGUUACAUUCACUAAUUUUGCUGCAUUUGUUUUUGGGAAAUUAAUGAACUGUAAAUAUUUAGUUGUACAUAUUUGUUAAUAUUUCUGUGCCAUUGCCUUGCCAUUUUAGCAACUAGCUUUGUAUGAAUACCAACAUUAGAAAUCCAAGGUAAUAGCAUAAUGAUGGCACUUAAGGAUAUGUACUUUAUUGUUUUAAGUCUGGCACAUUUUUACUGGUGCUCUGGAGAGAUUUAUUGACAUAUUUUAUACUUUUAAGGAAUGGGGAACAAAUUGUAAUGCAUUUAUUUUUAUAUGAUUACAUUUUAUAUCAUGAUGAUUUAUAAAGGAUGCUGCUAUGUUUUUCUGUGUUGUUGUUGUAAUUGUCGGUGUGAUGAGUUUUGUUUGUUCGGUAAUUUUUCCAGAUAAUGUGGUUUAGUUAAAACUCCCUGCAGGACGGGAAGUAUGCUCAUCGCUCAGAAUUGUCAUUCUUUAAACAAAAUCCACGCGCUCCACUCCAUCAUGCAUCACAAAUAACUGGAUGUUGCAACCCCAAAGAUGUUUUCAAGUGAUCCAUCUGCCUUUGACAUUGACAAACACAGGCAAUACUUUGCAACAUUUUCAUUUUAUACAGUCUGAACGGGAAUGGUGUUUAAAUAAACAGACAUAUUUGCUAUUUUCCACCAGCUCUCAGAUUUGUUUCAAGCUGCAAUCAAUAUGAUGUAUGAUGAUUUUUGUAACUGUUUCUCUUUUCAUUCGUCAUAUUUUCCUACCUCAGAUUGUUAGGAAAAGUCAAUUAUGCAAUAAAACAUUACAACCACA